AUGACCCAUCGAUCGAUUGCCAGCCAGGAGCGAACUGGAUGUCUUGUCACCGCAGCAGCAGGAAGGGCAGCGCAGGCAGUGCAGCAGACAGCAGAGACACCCACACUAGCCCCAACCCGGGAUAGCGGUGUGACAGCGGCGGUAAACGCCUGCAGAACCCGGGAUCGGGCAGAGGAGAGGAAUAGGACGAGAUCGCCGGCGGCAGGUCUGAACUAUCUCUCUAUCCUGGUCCGAAGGUUGACGUUGAAGAUGCCCAUGGACUCUCGCAGGCAGAAAAUCUCUCGCCGCCGCCAGCCUACCUGCCCGGAUUAUCCUUGUUCCGAGGACACCAACCUCGGCCCGGACUAUCUGUUGAUGCGCAGUGCCGGUUCUCAAUCCCUUAAAGCCCCCAUCCCCGUCCCCCGUCCCCACCCCAGCGCAAGGCAAAACGCCCCAAUGCCCAAUGCAAUGCCCAAUGCCUGA